AUGUCAGCUGAAAUUGUGACAGACCCUGUUGAGGCAUACAACCUGAUUACUAGCCAGUUACAGGAGGUCUUGAACGGGCAAAUCAUCAAGAAUGUUCUUGAGGUCGAGAAGAGGCCCCUAAAAAUCUACUGGGGUACUGCUCCGACCGGUAAACCACACUGUGGUUAUUUCGUUCCAAUGACAAAAUUGGCACAUUUUUUGAAGGCUGGUUGUGAAAUCACGGUUCUUCUUGCCGAUUUGCAUGCUUUCUUGGAUAACAUGAAAGCGCCUUUGGAGGUUGUCCAAUACAGAGCCAAGUACUAUGAGCACGUAGUCAAGGCCAUUUUGCGUUCCAUCAAUGUUCCGAUCGAGAAAUUGAACUUUGUCAUUGGUUCUUCUUACCAAAAGAGCCCAGAGUAUAUCAUGGAUAUCUUCAAGCUCUCUAAUGUGGUCUCGCAAAAUGAUGCCAAGAGAGCCGGUGCCGACGUUGUCAAGCAAGUUGCAAACCCCCUUUUGUCUGGUUUGAUCUACCCUCUGAUGCAAGCGCUUGAUGAGGAGCACUUGAAGGUGGAUGCCCAGUUUGGAGGUGUUGACCAAAGGAAGAUCUUUGUGCUUGCCGAGGAGAACCUUGGAGCUCUGGGAUACAAGAAGAGAGCCCAUUUGAUGAACCCAAUGGUGCCUGGUCUUACUCAGGGCGGAAAGAUGUCAGCAUCUGACCCCAACUCCAAGAUUGACAUUUUGGAAGAACCCAAACAGGUGAAGAAGAAGAUAAAUACUGCUUUCUGUGCUCCGGGCAACGUCGAGGAGAACGGCCUGCUCUCCUUUAUCGAGUAUGUAAUUGCCCCAAUUCACGAGCUCAAGCACGGAACUGGGACAUUUGAGUUCAACGUUGAUCGUCCAGAGAAGUACGGUGGUCCUAUCAGCUUCAGCAGCUUUGAGGAGUUGAAGCAAGCCUUCAAGGAGGAGAAAUUGGCUCCUCCGGAUCUCAAAUCUGGUGUGGCGGAUGCCAUCAACGUUCUCCUGGCUCCUAUCAGAGAGGAAUUUGCCAACAAUGCCGAGUUCCGUGAAGCUCAAGAAAAAGGUUACCCUGCUCCUGUUGAGGAGAAGAAGAAGGUGAAGAAGGUGAAGAACAGAGGAACCAGAUUUCCAGGCUCCAAGCCAGAAGGUGAGGCUCAGACCACUGAAGAGGUGGCAGCCAAGCUAGAAGAGACCAAGUUGGAAUAG